AUGAUGGAAUGGCUAAAUGGUUCAAAUGUUCUAUUUUCGGCAACUGAGAGCCCUGUCCCUCAAGACUACUACGGCCCACCAAGAUACCAGCCCCCACCACAAAUCAACCAAUGGAACACCUGGACCCCUCAACAACCUCAACAACCCCAACAACCUCAAAUCAUCCGUGUCCCCGUUCAAGUCCCCCAACCAUACCCAGUCUACGUCGAAAAGAAAGUACCUGUACACAUUCGUGUACCAGUACCACAACCCUACCCUGUUCAUGUAACAAAAGAAGUGAAAGUACCUGUGCAGGUACGUGUCCCCCAACCGUAUCCCGUACAAGUCGAAAGGAAAGUUCCGGUACGUGUAGAAGUACCAGUACGUGUCCCAGUUUACGUCCGACAGCCAUACCCGGUGAGAGUAGAGGUACCAGUGACUAGGAACGUACCGUACCCUGUUCAAGUCAUCAAAGAAGUGAAGGUACCCGUGCAUGUACCACAACCACAACCGUAUCCAGUGCAUGUUACAAAAGAAGUAAGAGUACCAGUUGAGGUUAAGGUACCUGUAAGAGUGGAGGUACCCAAGCCGUAUCCUGUGCAAGUAAAGGUUGAAGUACCAAAACCAUACCCGGUUUAUAUCAGGGUACCGCAACAACCGGAGAGGCCACAGAUUCCGGAUAGUUAUUAUCGUCGUGAACAGGUUAAGGACACCUAUGGUCAACCUGGAUUUAUCCCUGGACAACCAUUAAAUUAUUAUUAAUUUAUUUA